CCGCUUGACGACUUCCAAGUCUUCCAUUCCUUCCAGUACCUUCUCCCUCUCCCUCCCCACUAAGCAACUCCCAGAGCGAGCUCUCCUCUCCCUCCCCCCUCCCCUCCCCUCGCGAUCGCCACAGGAGAUCCCGCGAUGCAGGCCCCGGCCACCCCCUCCACCGUCGACCUGCCGCUGUCGGCGCCGCCGCCGCCGGUGAAGGCGCCGACCCCGCGCCCGCCCCCGCCGGCCUCGCUCCAGCCCGGAUCCCCGGGGGUCUUCUUCACCGCCGCGGCGGCCGCCCUGCCCUCGGGAUCCUCCCACCGCCGCAUCGCCAUCGCCGUCGACCUCUCGGACGAGUCCGCCUACGCCGUGCGCUGGGCCGUCGCCAACUACCUCCGCCCCGGGGACGCCGUCGUCCUGCUGCACGUGCGCCCCACCUCCGUCCUCUACGGCGCCGACUGGGGCGCCGUCGACGUCUCCCUCCCCAACCCUAGCGCCGGCGCCGCCGACGACGACGGCGACUCCGAGGCCGCCGCGCGCCGGAUGGAGGACGACUACGACGCCUUCACGGCCUCCAAGGCCGACGACCUCGCCAGGCCGCUCAAGGACGCCGGCAUCCCCUACAAGAUCCACAUCGUCAAGGACCACGACAUGAAGGAGCGCCUCUGCCUCGAGGUCGAGAGGCUCGGCCUCAGUGCCGUCAUCAUGGGGAGCAAGGGCUUCGGUGCCGCGCGGAGGACCAGCAAGGGCAGGCUCGGGAGCGUCAGCGAUUACUGCGUCCACCACUGUGUCUGCCCUGUCGUGGUGGUGCGCUUCCCUGAUGACGGUUUGGCGGAGGAUGGGGAGGCCGGGGGCCUGUCGUCAGUGGUGGGUGCGGAGGAUGUGCUGCACCCUGUGCCUGAGGAGGACGCCGAGUACCAUGAUGCUACUGAGGAGCAGCACAAGGAUACUUGACCGCGUCGUUGGGUUGUGAAGUGAAAAGUACUCUUGGAUCCAGCAUGUAAAGGUUGUAGCAGUGGACUGUUGGCUGGGUGCUAGACUGCUAGCUGGGAAGUGCAUGUGAUGUUUGUUGAACUUUCAGUGCCCAUGUCUAUCCAUGCUUUCGCAUUGUUUGUAUCUUCAGUUGCCUUCGUUCACCUAGCUUGUCUGACUAUUUGACUGCCUGGUGAAUAUUUGUGGUUCAAAACCUUUGUACUUUCUUCGCAUUGCACUACCUGUUUCUGAUGAAAGUUACAGUUUAACCACUUCUAUAGAACCGACUAAUCAUCAGUGCAUUUUUUUUC